UUUCCCUUCCUUCCCCAAAGACCCUACAGGAGGUGAGCGUUCCCAUCGUGUCCAACAGUGAUUGUAACGCUGCCUACGGUACAAUCACAAGCAAUAUGAUCUGUGCCGGUGUGGCCCAGGGAGGAAAGGACUCCUGCCAGGGGGAUUCAGGAGGACCGCUGGUAACUAAAACCAGCUCAACCUGGAUCCAGGCUGGAGUAGUGAGUUUUGGAGAAGGCUGCGCCCAACCUAAUUUCCCAGGAGUCUACGCCCGAGUGUCCCAGUAUCACUCCUGGAUCAACAGCCAUAUCACUACCGACCAGCCGCGCUUCGUCUUCUCUGGAACCGUUCACCUGGUUUCCCUCUCGCUUCCUCUGAUGCUGUCCAUCGAGCCGGUUCUCUUCUGCCUCUUUCUCCUUUCAUAGAAAAUUUAAUGCACCAGGAUGGUGUCCAAAUCUCUGUCUCAUAUUUUUUUGCCUUUUGAGAUUAUUUUAUCUUACGACAAGCAACAAAAUCUGCUCCUGGAGUCAAAUAUUUCCACCUGUUUCCAGCUCGGCUUCUCGUGCUGAAGGAGUUUUUACAGAAAAGAGUCGAUAGAGGAGAAGAGAAACUGGUGUAAUGACACCUGAUUUAAAAAACAAGGGCUACAACAAGCAAAUGUUUUCAUUACCGAUUAAUCUGCUGAUUAUUUUCUCCAGUGAUUGAUUCAUCAUUCUGUCUCUUUCCCUGUUCUGUCUACAACUUACUGGAUGUUUUGCACAAAAGAAUAUAGAAGUUUAUAUAAUGUUAAAGCUUGGUUUUGUAUUUUCUCAAUAAUUGAUUUAUUUUUUCAGUCAUUUUAUAACUUCACACAACCUGAUGUACUCAAAAAACAUUUGGACCAGGAGCGUAAAACCCAAAGAUGUUCAGUUCGUCAUUUAAAUCCUUACAUCUUAGAAGCUGGAUCUAUCGAUAACUAUGUUCAGUUAUCGAUUAAUUUUCUAUUGAUAAACUAAUCGAUGUCCAGUCGUUGAUGUUCUAAUAAUUGUGCUGGAAACAUGUGAAAUAAUUUGAGCUCAGCUGCAGAAUUUUCACUUCAGUGGAAACUUUAAACUUUUUUGAUUUUAUGGAGCCUGGAGUCAAUCAGAGCUUUUCAGUGUUUAAUUAUAAUCAGUUAAUAAACUCACCCAUAAGCUUUUAAUCAAACUCAAUACUGACUUUAAAUCAUGCUAUAAACUCAAAGA